AUGAUUGCUUCACUAACACCUUUUAGUGUUCGGAUCUAUUAUGACAUAGCCGUGAGGCGCUUAACGGACCCUUUUAAUCUUAUAAAACCCUUUGGACGGGAGAACAUUGUGGUGGUGCGGUUUGGUAAGGGAUUUGGUGAGAAGGUCAGCCACUUGAUCAAUGGAUGGAAUGUGGCAAACCCAGUGGCUGCCCAAGGCCACCUUUUCACAGACGAAGUGAUAAUCGAGCUCGAUAUGUCUGGUGCGUGCGUGAAAAACAGGAUUGGUCGCCAAGUAAGUUGCGCAGAUAUUGUCACAGUAAAGAUGGACUUGGAAUUGGAGUUGGACACCAAGUUUAACCAAAAGGUAUGA